CCUAAAGUCUUUCUCUCCGGCACAAAACCCAAGGCACCGCUCCUUCAACGAAAUGGUUUGUUUCUUCCGGCGAUGCUUCUCCGUUAAUCUCCUCUCCUGACUCGUGUUUGCUAACGUGUGUUCUCUCUUUGAUGGAUUUUCUUUACCGUUUUCUGGCAAGGUUUUUCAUAGGAGAUGAUUUCCUUGAUUCUGUCGACUUCGAGCCAUUCUCGUCACUUACCGAUGUCUUCGGUCGCCUUCCUCGUCCUGAAGCCCCCUCGUGCACCACCGCCAGAGCCUCCAUCUCCGCUGACGCCACCGGAACCACCAGACCCACCGGACCCUCAGAUCUAUUCUUCCUUUGGUGAAUCUCUUGUCCAGCCGCUGAAUCUCACUUCCUUCAGAGCAAGUGAUUCGCUCAACAUCCUUCUCUCCUCCGCCAUACCUAGCUUCUGACGCCGGCGAAGCCCCUUCUCCUUCCGACCAUUGAUGCUUCCCAUUGAGCCUCCCUUUGCAAGUUGGGUUGCCCUCACCUUACCUCCCCCGAUAUUCCCCCAGGUAUGCUCUCACUCUUCCUCUAACUCUUCUAAGAUGGGAAGGUUUGUGGCUCUGGUUUUGUGGAAUUCGGAUGUGGCUCUAAUGCUGUUUUUCAGCACCCUUAUUACUUUGAUGCGAUCAUUUACCGCAGUAUGCGGAUUCUAUCUCGAUUUGGCUUUGUUAAAACUUGUCUUGUGCCAGCUUGGACAAAGGCCUUUGAGUUUAGACAACCGACCAGUUCACCUGGUUUAUCGGGGCUUUAGUAGCUCUCAUAUCUCCUUAAUGGAGCCUUUUAUCCUCCCAUAUACUUCACUUGUGUUUAGUGGUAGUGUUACAGGGAUUAUUGUGUUAACCGUUCUGCUUGAAGUAGACGCGGGGAUUGUUGUUCAAGACUGUUCUCGUUCAGCUUUUGCUGACUGUUUAAUGUUAGUGUCUUUGGAGGCUUUGUUUCCUCCUCCUUAUGGUUUCAGCAAGGACUUCAUAACUAAAGAAGUUUGCUUUACUGGAUGCUCUUGGUUUGAUGCUUCUUUGGCUGAACUUCAUCUUAUCUUCCUGAAAUUCCCCCUUGUUUGGAGGGGUUUGGAUGCUCGUGACUCGUCGGUAUCGCAAGGUUCCUCCUCCCGGAUGAUGGUCCCCUCUACCUAUGUCGUAGAGUUUGUAACCCUUUGGGUUAUUAUGGAUGCGAUCUAUCAAGAAACUGUUGAGAUUGUACUUGUUUGUUGGUCUCUUAUGUUCUCUUCUUAUGAUUUGUAUCUUGUCUAUCCCUUGUUUUACUAUCUUUUGAUGGUGUUUUUUUGGCAUUUGUUGCCUUCAUUUCCUUUGCUUUGGAUGUACUUUCUCCUCUAUUAG